AAUACAACAGGAGCGCAAAAUGGCGGAACCGCCGAGCCUAGUGCACUGCGCCCCCGCCGCCGUCUCGGAGAAAGAACCGUUUUCCAAGCUACAGCCCCCCUCCCGGGACCCGCCGGGUCCUCUGUCCGCCAAGAAGAUCCGGACUGAGGAGAAGAAGACGCCGCGGAGACUGAACGGAGAAGGAGGCAGCGGCGGCAACAGCAGGCAGCUGCAGUCUUCCGCGGCACCUUCGCCUCAGAGCUAUGGCAGCCCUGGGUCUUGGAGCUUCGCCGCUCUGUCUGCUGCCCCCUCCCCGUCCUCUGCUCGGAGCAAUUUCUCUUUCUCCGCUGGCACGGCCGUCCCCUCCUCAGCCUCUGCUUCCUCGUCCCAGCCGGUGCCGCGCAAACUGCUGGUCCCUCCUACGCUGCUGCACGCUCAGCCUCACCAUCUCCUGCUGCCGGCCGCCGCCUCCUCCGCCAACGCCAAGCCGCGCAGACCCAAGGAGAAGCGAGAGAAGGAAAAGAGGAGGCACGGCCUCGGCGGGGCGGGCGAGGCCGGCGGGGCAGCCCGCGAGGAGAACGGGGAGAUGAAGCCGCUGCCGAGAGAUAAAAUCAAAGACAAAAUUAAAGAAAGAGAUAAAGAAAAGGAGAGAGAAAAAAAGAAGCAUAAAGUAAUGAAUGAGAUCAAGAAAGAAAAUGGAGAAGUAAAGAUUUUGCUAAAAAGUGGAAAGGAGAAACCAAAAACAAGUGUAGAAGACUUACAAAUUAAGAAGGCGAAGAAGAAGAAGAAAAAGAAACACAAAGAGAAUGAAAAACGGAAGCGUCCAAAAAUGUAUAGCAAAUCUAUUCAAACCAUCUGCUCAGGAUUGCUGUCUGAUGUUGAAGAUCAAGAAGCCAAAGGCAUCCUAAAUGAUAACAUAAAGGAUUACAGUGGAAAGAAUUUGGAUACCAAGAACUAUGAUUCCAAAAUUCCAGAGAACAGUGAGUUUCCAUUUGUCUCAUUAAAGGAGCCACGGGUUCAGAACAACCUCAAAAGGUUGGACACUUUGGAGUUCAAACAGCUCGUUCAUAUUGAGCACCAGCCUAAUGGAGGUGCAUCAGUUAUCCACGCCUACAGCAAUGAACUCUCCCACCUGUCUCCUGUGGAGAUGGAGAGGUUUGCAGAAGAGUUUGUGGGUCUGGUGUUCAGUGAAAACGAGAACUCUGCAGCUUUCUAUGUAAUGGGUAUUGUUCAUGGGGCAGCUACUUAUUUACCUGAUUUUUUAGACUACUUUUCAUUUAAUUUUCCCAAUUCACCAGUGAAAAUGGAGAUAUUGGGAAAGAAGGAUAUAGAGACAACAACUAUGUCCAAUUUUCAUGCUCAGGUGAAAAGAACGUAUUCUCACGGUACUUAUAGAGCUGGCCCAAUGCGACAAAUCAGCUUGGUGGGAGCGGUAGAUGAAGAAGUGGGAGAUUACUUCCCUGAGUUCCUUGACAUGUUGGAAGAUUCACCAUUUUUAAAAUGUACACUGCCAUGGGGGACACUAUCUAGUCUAAAAUUAGAGAGUCGAAAAGAUAGUGAUGAUGGUCCCAUCAUGUGGGUACGCCCGGGAGAACAAAUGAUCCCUGUGGCUGAUAUGCCAAAGUCACCUUUUAAAAGGAAAAGAACUACCAAUGAGAUAAAAAACCUGCAGUACCUACCUCGAACUAGUGAGCCUCGUGAGAUGCUCUUUGAAGACAGAACAAGAGCUCAUGCAGAUCAUAUAGGACAAGGUUUUGAACGACAGACUACAGCUGCUGUUGGAGUGUUGAAGGCUGUGCACUGUGGAGAGUGGCCUGAUCAACCCCGAAUAACCAAAGAUGUAAUUUGUUUUCAUGCUGAAGAUUUCUUAGAAGUAGUUCAGCGAAUGCAGUUAGAUUUACAUGAACCUCCACUGUCCCAGUGUGUCCAGUGGGUUGAUGAUGCAAAACUUAAUCAACUGAGGAGGGAAGGCAUUCGCUAUGCCAGGAUUCAGCUGUAUGAUAAUGACAUUUAUUUUAUUCCGAGGAAUGUUGUUCAUCAGUUCAAGACAGUUUCAGCUGUAUGCAGUUUAGCAUGGCAUGUUCGUCUCAAGUUAUAUCACUCAGAGGAGGACACUGCUCAGAAUACAGUUACUCAUGAAACACGCACGUCACCAGAUUCCACAUCAUCAGUUCUUGGACCUCACACUGACAGCAUGAUUUGUGCUGUAAGCAAAACCUCCUUGGAUUCUGUUUUUUCAGACAAACUUCAUUCUAAAUAUGAAUUACAGCAGAUUAAACAUGAACCUAUUGCAUCUGUAAGAGUCAAGGAAGAACCUGUGAAUGUUUAUAUUCCUGAAAAGACUGGAGCACCAAAUAAUAUGGAUGGCAAGAAUGUUAAAGCAAAAUUGGAUCAUGUUCAAUUUACAGAAUUUAAGAUUGAUGUGGACUCUAAAUUUGAAAAUAGCAACAAAGAUUUAAAGGAAGAAAUGUGUCCUGGAAGUCUCAUAAGUCUAGUUGAUACAAGGCAACAUAGUUCAACACAUUCAAAUCAAGAGAGAAAAGAUGAUAACAUUUUGUGCUAAAUUUGUAUAUACCAUUUAAAAUUGUUUUUUUUCUUAAACUUAAUAAUGUAAUAAAGAUUCAUGAAUUCUGAAAGCAAGCCAAGAACUUGCUCCCAAGUCUGUUACAAAUUAUAGUUUAUGUAGCUUUGUAACAUUCCUCAGUGCCUGUCCAUAACUGUGAAGUAUCAAAGCACUUAGGGCCAGAUGCACUGUAAACAUUGCAGGUUUAAACAAAAGGAGUCUUUAAGAAAAUCAUUUGAGUUGGAGUUGUAGGUUUUAGAAUAGAGCUGACAUUAACAUAUAUAUAUAUAUUUUGUAAUAUGAGCCAGAAUUCUUUUUUGACAAUUUAAGGCUUUUCCAUAGAGCUUAUUUAUACUGAUUUUUUUUUCAUUUUAAAUGUGUCAGCACUGUAGUGUAA